AUGCUUCUGCCCCCACGCACAGUGUCGGAAUAUCGUUGCUCUCCAAAGUUCUUACUAAAGCAGAACCCAACACCUGAUUCGAAGAGCCAAGCAAUGCCAGAGCAUUUCGACUACAUCCUGGAUUCCCUUGGACCUUCGCGCCCUGCCAUCCACAAACCACCGCCUACCUCGAACAGCAAGCAAAAGCCGAGAGAAAUCCGCCCUAAAGGAUCGGUUUCUACUGUCCACCAGAUCAGCUCGACUGAAUCGAGACGCAAACGGCACGCAGUGACACAGAAAGAGCAACGAGAUCGCAUUAAUGUUGCCUUGAAGCGAAUGGCUCAGGUAAUGGAAUCGGGUGGUCUCAGAGGGACGAGUGGGACAAAGGCCGACUUAAUCUUCUCGGCGGUCGAGUAUAUUCAAACUCUGCAGCAGCAAGUAAAGGAACUGAGAAGAAACGGCAUCACACCCACCUUUGUCGGAUGA